AGGCUAAAAUUGAGGAAGAUAAAUUGAGGAAGAUAAAUAUAAUUGAACCAUCAGAUGUUAACGUGUAUUUUAUAAAUGUUUAUUAAUUGAAUGUGAAGAUGAUGCCUGGGAAAGCACCUACACAAGAAAAUCUAUUAGGUCUAUCCUGGCAUGAUAGUGCCUGGAUUCCUGUUCUUAAUCCAAGUAACAUUAUGGAUUACUUUUCGGAAAGAAGCAAUCCAUUCUAUGACAGGACCUGUAAUAAUGAAAUAGUAAAAAUGCAACGUUUAAGCCCUGAUCAAUUAACUAAUAUGACUGGCUUGGAAUAUAUAUUGUUGCAUGUGCAAGAACCAAUCCUCUAUGUAAUCAGAAAACAACAAAGACAUUCACCAACUACAGCAGUUCCUCUUGCUGACUAUUAUAUCAUAGCUGGCAUAGUAUAUCAAGCACCAGAUCUAGGAUCUGUUGUAAGCUCUAGACUGUUUUCCACAGUUCAUCAUGUGCAAUCUGCCUUUGAGGAAGCUAUUUCUUAUUCUCGAUAUCAUCCUAGUAAAGGUUAUUCCUGGGAUUUCACAAAUGGCAAAGCUUGGGCUGCAAAAGAACCAGUACGUGAGGAACCUAGCUCAUUGUUUCAGCGACAGAGAGUGGAUAUGUUACUUGCAGAGCUUACUCGUAAAUUUCCUUUACCAGUGCCUAAACCAGUGCAUCAAACAACAGAAGCUUCCAUUGAAAUUAAACAAGAACCAAAAAGUGAGAAGAAGGAAAUGAAACCACCACCAGAAAAGAAACCAAGGACAUAAGAAUUUGCAAAUAUAUUUAUGUAACUUUAUGUAAUAAGCCAAAAAAUAGUAAAAUAUAUUUAAGUAAAAUUUCUCUUGUAAGAUGAUGUAGUUUAGGUAGAUGAUUAAAUUAAAUUAACAAUGA